AUGGAGGUUGAUGAAAGUACAGUGUCAAUUUCAACAAAGGUUAAACAAGUAAGUUCUUCGCGUAAAAUCUUUUAUUUUUUAGGAGGAAAACGCCGCAAUCAGGAGUAGAGUCGCAGCCCACAGUCAUGUAAAGGGUCUAGGUCUUGAUUCCUCGACUGGAGAUGCUAUUGAUCAGGCUUUUGGUUUCAUUGGUCAAAAACAAGCUCGUGAGGCUGCUGGAAUUAUUGUGGAAUUGGUGAAACAAAAAAAGAUGGCAGGAAGAGGAGUGCUAUUCUCUGGAAAACCUGGUACUGGAAAGACGGCUAUUGCUCUGGCUAUUGCUCAGGAAUUGGGUGAUAAGAUCCCUUUUAUACCGAUGGUUGCUUCAGAAGUCUAUUCGUCUGAGGUUAAAAAAACAGAGGUCUUAAUGGAAAACUUCCGAAGAGCUAUUAGUAAGUUGAUCUUAGUUAUUGUUAUUUGUUCAUACGGGGGAAGGCUUCCAAGUGCGACGCUCACGUUUUCUUUAAACAUUGCACACACGUCAGGCAUAGGUUGGGACACAUAUUAAUUCCUGUAAGUUUUGCGUUUUUCAGGUAUAACGUAUUUGCGAACAAAGGGGCGGUUCUGGCGAUUAAGGGGACGAAAGAAUGUUAACUUUUGGCCAAGAAAAUAAGGAAAUAUUGUUAUAUUACGAUUUUUCAAACGUGCGUAGACUUUUUGUCGCAAAGCUUUCCACACUGUGCGUUUCACUUUGUACUGUGGAAUUUGAAAAUCGCGGCGACGUAAGCUUUUUUCAACUGCGUCGCUGCGCAUUUUGCGCGCGAUGCCACAGUGAAAAGGGGCCUUCAGCUGCUGAUCUCUGUAACCUGUUGGCAAUUUUUUAAACCCAUUCCUUGAACUACUUUUCAAAAGCUGUCGAAGGGUAUAGCAAACGAGUAAACUUUUUGUUUCGCACUGAAAAAAGGCACUUUCUGGAAACGUACUACAUCUUUGCUUGUUAAAAAAGUCAUCUAAAUUUGUGCCAAGUGUCAUUAAAAUCUGAGCAUCGCACUUGGAGUACUUAUCCUAUUAGAUGUACGAAUGAUGGAGAAGAAAGAGGUCUACGAAGGUGAAGUUGUCCAAGUUACUCCAUUUGAACAAGAAGGCGUUAAUUUUGGAUAUGGAAAGACCAUCAGUCAUGUUGAACUUGUUUUGAAGACCUCGAAAGGAUCGAAGAAAUUGAAGUUGGAUCCUAGUAUAUACGAUGACCUUCUCAAACAGAAAGUCGAAGUUGGGGAUGUGAUUUAUAUUGAUGUAAAAGCAGCUUCGGUAAAAAGGGUCGGCCGAUCUGAUGUUUUUGCGACUGAAUUUGAUGUGGAUGCAGAUGUUUAUGUGCCAAUGCCAAAGGGAGAUGUGUAUAAAGUUAAGGACGUCGUUCAGUUUUGUUCUCUACAUGACUUUGAUGUUGCUAAUAUCAAUCCGAAUGGAGGGCAAAGCGAUGCUUUAUCCUUUUUUAAUCAGUUAAUGAAACCAAAAAAGACAGAGAUUACAGGUAAUUAAGGAGAUUUUACUUAAUUAAAUUUAGAAAUGCUGCGAGAUCAAGUCAACAAAGUUGUAAACAAUUUCAUCGAAGAGGGAACGGCUGAACUCUUACCGGGUGUUUUGUUUAUCGAUGAAGUCCACAUGCUUGAUCUGGAAUGUUUUACUUUCCUCCAUCGGGCUCUCGAAUCUCCCAUCAGUCCAAUUGUUGUUUUCGCCACUAAUAGAAAUCUGCAUUCCACCGAUGAUAAUGCGCCUUGUAUUCCGUUGGAUUUGCUGGACAGACUUUUAAUUGUUCAUACCAAGCCUUAUGAUAGGAAUGAAAUUGCUUCGGUGAGUUUAAUUAUACGAAAGUUGUGAAUGUUUAGAUCGUAAAAGUCAGAGCUGAUGCAGAGGGAGUCAAGUUGGAUCAAAAAUCAAUUGAAAAGUUAAGUAAUGUUGGAAGAGAGGCAUCUCUUCGGUAUGUUAUGCAAUUACUGACGCCAGCCAAGGUUCUGGCUCAGUUGAAUGGAAGAGAUACCAUUGAAGUAUGUUCUCUUUGUUUUAUAAAAUCGUAUUAUUUUAGCCUCAAGACGUGGAAGACUGUGAGAAAUUGUUCUUGGACGGAAAAAGAUCGGCGAGAAUUGCCUGA